ACGGGACGGGAAGCGGAACUUUGACGCUGAGUUUGAUCCCGGCAUGUGGUGGUGCUUCGGCCGGAGUCGACCGGCCUGGCGGAAGUUCGCCGUUUCUUUUCCCUCGGCGCCUGCCGCUCGUUCGCGAUGGGGCGGCCAAAUCCUGCCGCGACGCUGGCUCAGCAGCCAGCCGGAUUUGCGCGAGUUAUUCGCCAGACCGGCGCUUCGGCGUUUCUUGGAUCAGCACUGCCAGCCGGAAGAGCAGCCCGGAGGCUUCCGUUCGGCGUUGGCGGCGCGGAUUCGCCUCUUGGGAGACAAAGAAGAGGAGCUGCGCGAGACGGAGCGGCUGGCGCGAGAAGAUGAAAAUGAAGACUUGCGGAAGCUUGCAGAAAAGGAAAUUAUUUCCUGUGAGGAAGAGAUAGAAGAAUUGAGACAUCAGAUAGUAUCACUUUUGAUUCCUUCAGCGGAAACUGACAAAAAUGAUCUUGUCAUAGAAGUGACUUCUGGAGUUGGAGGGCUGGAAGCAAUGUUGUUCACUGCUGAGAUGUUUGAUAUGUAUCAACAGUAUGCGGCAUAUAAAAAUUGGACUUUUGAUACUCUGACAUAUACUUCCAGUGUUAUAGGUGGUUUAAGACAUGCAUCUGCCAGUAUAAAAGGCCUUGAAGCAUAUGGACAAUUGAAGUUUGAAGGAGGAGUACAUCGUGUUCAACGCGUGCCAAAGACUGAGAAGCAAGGCCGCAUUCAUACCAGCACAAUGACUGUAGCAAUAUUACCACAGCCAAAUGAGAUAACUCUCACAAUUAAUCCUAAAGACUUAUGUAUUGAAACUAAAAGAGCCAGUGGAGCCGGUGGCCAGCAUGUGAAUACUACUGAUAGUGCCGUACGGAUAGUUCAUAUUCCCACAGGUAUAGUAUCUGAAUGUCAACAAGAAAGAUCUCAAAUUAGAAAUAAAGAAAAAGCUAUGGAGCUUCUUCAAGCUAAACUAUAUAGCAUCAAACUUGAAGAACAAACAGCAAAGAUACAUACUGCCAGAAAGAUUCAGGAUUUUGAUGUGUAUAUUAAAUGUAUAUGCUGCCUAAUUUCCAGUGACUCUGAAUGGCAUGAAAGUUAUUACUGUUGUGAAAAAGCAUCAAUGUUUCAGGUAGAAACUGUUAAAUAUAUUUAUUUAUUUAAUUUAUACAGCUGCCCAUCUCAGUGAGUAACUCCAGCGAAUCUAUAAUUCUGGUUAACAGAAUUAAAAUAGAACAAAAACAAUAGCAAACAUUAUAAACAUUAAAAAUUCAGGCAGCCAAGAAACAAUAACCCAAAUCACUAACACACCAAGAAGCCAAAUUCUAAAAACUGGGUUAUAGCUUCCAUAUUUGGAUAAUGGUGAGAAGUUGGAAAACUGAGAAUAUGCCAGUUUUCAAGUACUUGCUCAUAGUCAACUGUGCAGUUGAAGUGUUUAUGUAUUUGUUUUAUUUCUAGGCAGUCCAUUCUGGGCAAGUAACAGUAAGAAACACCAGUAAGCUUCCAAAUAGUAAACUAAAUAUAGUAUCAAAAUUGUACAAAAAAUGAACAUAGACCUUGUCUGCCAAAUUAACAUUUUCAAACAUAGCAUACCCUCCUGUGCUUGAUGGAAAUAACCAGAUUUUAACCAGGUUGUGAUCUAAUUAAGUCUUUGCAAUGUUGCACGAGUACAUAAAUGAAAAGGGUAGAAAUUGAUGGGUAUAAGUGAAUUAUCCAGACUACUUUGGAUAUAUCGGGCAAAGUUCGAACAUUAUUUUUGGGACAUGUCCUGCACUCAGUCAGCCUGAUUGAAAUCAUUUCCCUUAAGAAUUUACUGUUUGCUAAUAAUUAUAGGUGGGGUUCCUUAUCUUACAUAUAAUAGAUUUUGUCUGUGUUGCAUCAAAGAUGGGGGAAUCCAGGACUUUACAGAUCUAGUGGCUUUCAUUUUUUAAAAUCUUUUAAAAGGGUGCUCCUGAGUAGCAGCAACUUUUUUUUCCAAAUUCUUUUUCCAUUUGAGGGGAAACACUCUGAGGUACUUUCUGACCUUGUGGGCAGAAACAUUUUCCUACAAAUGUUUCAUUACCCAAAUUAGAUAACAUCAUUAGUGCUAGUAAUGAAUUUUGCUCUCAGCUCUCCUUUUCCAUUUAGUUGUAAAAGGCAAGUCAAAGUCUAUGUUAAGAAAAGGAGUCCCUGUGUAAACUAUAAGGAAUGUAUAUUUUGUAACAAUUUUUACUUGAAAUAAAUUACAUUGAGAAUUGUCUUUUGAGAAUUGGAUUUUUCUGAAUAUUAAAACAGAAAAAAUUCCUUGACUAUGCAACCUUUAUUCAGAGGCAGAUUCAGGUUUGCAUCCAUGCUUCUAUUUGUUGUCUUACUUUGUCUCCUGUUUUUGCACAAAAAAAUAAACAGGGCAGUGUAGUUGUA